AUUUCUGUUAUGUUUCUGAUUUACUGUAGCUUACUAUGUACUAUUUACGAUAAAGUUUGUAUUUAUGUCAGUUUGGAGUUUUAAGAAACAGUAAGAUAAGACUACAUGAAUACACCGUUCUCUAAUUUCAGCAAGAUCAUAAAUUUAAAAUGACGUAAUCUAAUAAUGGCGGAUUUCGUAUGUAAACAAACCGUAAGCGUGGUCGAAUGCAGUAAGCAUUAUUAUUUCUUAUAGCAAACAAUUAAUCAAAUAGACCUUUAAGUUAUUUUAAAAUAUAUAGUUUUUUAGUAACAUAUCAACUUUAUUUAUAUGAAAAGAUGCAAAAUGUGUUUAACGAGUCAAGUUGUUGUCCUAAAUGCCAUCAAUUUCUCAGCCCCAUUUUUGUAAAAAUAGUUUUACUACGCUUCUUAUUAUCAAUAUAGAAGGGGUUGCAGAGAGGUUGCCAAUGCAAAGGCAUUAAGUAUGGCAAGGAAAGAGCAGGAAAAGGCAGGCAAGGAAACAGGAAGAUGAAUCAGCAAAGCAGGGGUGUGCAAGGCAUGGAAGGCACAGGCAAUGUCUUAGUAUGCAGGCACCAGAAAAGGCAUAAGAGGGGUAGGCAAAGGCAAGGCAGAGGCAGGCACCUUAAUAGAAUCUCUCCACCUCCUACAACUCAAAAAUUACGUAUACUCAAUAUAAUAAUGUGCAAUACAAUAGUAUAGAAAUGGUUGCGAAGCGUGGGUAUAUAUAUAUACAGUAUAUCGUAAAUGGGGGGAAGCACACACAGCAUUGGGUGAUUUAGAAAAUAAGCGAAGAACUUAAACUGUGAAGAGGUGUAUUCCUUUCUAAAGAACAUCAGUACCACCAUUUUUAAAGUAUUUAACCAAGCGGCUUUGCAAUUAAACAGUCUGCUAACACAUCCUAAAGUUACAGUACAGUACAAAUUAUGAGUCAUUUGGUUAUAUGGAGUUUUCUUCUGGUUUGUUUUAUACUUGUAUUCGAUUGCAAAAUGUGUAAGCCAUCUGAACAUUCAAUCCAAACCAAAGUAGGACAAAAUAAGUGUGUUCCUUGUGACAAAUGCCCACCUGGAAUGGAAUUAAGUCGCAGUUGUGGGAAUAGAAUACCUUACCCAGCUGAUGUAAAGAUUGAGUGCAUAGAAUGUAAAAAAGGAACAUUUUCAAUUGAUCAAUCAAGUAACAAUUGUAGGCCGUGUUCUCCAACAUGCUCGGAAAAUGAAGAAGAAAGGGACAAGUGUUUGCCAACACAAAAUAGAUUUUGCAAAUGUCGGCCCGGCCUUUACCGAGAUGCUGCAACUAAUAAAUGUAGCAGAGAAUGUUGUUAUUGUGAACGAAGCGACAUUGAGGUAGAAGAUUGUGCAAAUAGAGAGGAUGGAAGGAGGUGUGGAAGUGAUACAACAGAUGGGAAAUGUGCAAUAAAAACUACCAGCCAUUUGUUUACAAAAGCGACCAGCCAUUCGUUUACAAAAGCGACAACAACAGCUGCUCCAUUAAAAGAAAAUAGAAGUGAAAACAGAGACUGGAUCAUUGGGUGUGUUAUUGUCUUGUUCCUGACUAUCUUGUUAAUCUAUUAUUUCAGAGGACAUAUUUGCAAUGAACUAAGAUGUUGUUUUGCUCCAGAAUCUUCUGCUGAUGGACUUGGACAAGAUAAUGUUGCAAGAGAAGAUAUUCCGUUAGAUUCAAGAGCGCCUUCUUUGGAAGAUAUUCUUAAUGUAACCGAUGUUUCAUGCGUUAACGGAUGUUCCUCCUCUUUCACUCACGAACGUGACAGCCUACUGACUGGCGUAACAGGACACCAACAAAGUGACACUUGGUGAUCAAUUUCAUGUGUUACCUAUGUAUGCACAAGAAUAACUUAGAAAGAUGAUGAUGUAUUAAUUUUUAGUAUAAAAUACAAACAUUAUUUUUGUUGAAGUACAGCAAAAGUAUCCAACUUAUGGUUAAUCCGGAUUUAUCACAAGUUCGGAUAUAUCACAAGUCCGGAUUCAAAAAAGGCCUUUUUCACGGGUCGUCGCCAAGAUUAGAUAUAUCCGAGGACCGCAAGGAAAAGAGAUGGUGAGAAAAUUUGAUAGAGAUCUUUUUUGCGAUUGGACAUUCUUUGAGGGAAUUUUUUUUUACAUUUGUGUAUGUUUGUAUAUUUUUUUUUAAUUUCUAUUUUUUUGCUUUUGUAUCAUUUUUUGGACUUUUUUAAUUGACUUUGGUAUCAUUUCUCGAUUUUACGAAAAAUUUCAUGGUUGUUAUUUAAAGAUAUGUAAGUACGUAAGGAAAAUGUAAAAAAUGA